GCUGAGCGAUCGCUCGGCACAGCCAGAUCUUCCGCCUGCGCGGCGCAGUGACAGGUGCAGAGUCUGGGCUGAAGACCCACCUGCGGCCGUUUCCACGAUGCCCACCAUGCGGAGGACUGUGUCGGAGAUCCGCUCCCGCGCUGAGGGUUAUGAGAAGACUGAUGAUGUUUCUGAGAAGACAUCACUGGCUGACCAGGAAGAAAUACGGACUAUAUUCAUCAACCAGCCCCAGCUGACAAAAUUCUGCAAUAACCACGUCAGCACUGCAAAAUACAACAUAAUCACAUUCCUUCCAAGAUUUCUCUACUCUCAGUUCAGAAGAGCCGCCAAUUCAUUUUUUCUCUUUAUUGCACUGCUUCAGCAAAUACCUGAUGUAUCACCAACAGGUCGCUAUACAACCCUGGUUCCUCUCUUAUUUAUUUUAGCUGUGGCAGCUGUCAAAGAGAUAAUUGAAGAUAUUAAACGACAUAAAGCUGACAAUGCAGUGAACAAGAAACAGACACAAGUGUUGAGAAAUGGUGCUUGGGAAAUUGUGCACUGGGAAAAGGUGGCAGUAGGGGAAAUAGUGAAAGUGACCAAUGGGGAACACCUCCCAGCAGAUCUCAUCAGCCUGUCCUCAAGUGAGCCCCAGGCCAUGUGCUACAUUGAAACAUCCAACUUGGAUGGUGAAACAAACUUGAAAAUCAGACAGGGCUUACCAAUAACAUCAGAUAUAAAAGACAUUGACAGCUUGAUGAGAAUUUCUGGCAGAAUCGAGUGUGAAAGUCCAAACAGACAUCUCUACGAUUUUGUUGGAAACAUAAGGCUUGAUGGACACGGCCCACCUCCCCCUACAGAUGGUGGUGCUAAUAAUUUUGGCCUGAAUUUCUUGACCUUCAUCAUCCUUUUCAACAAUCUCAUUCCUAUCAGCUUGUUGGUUACAUUAGAAGUGGUGAAAUUUACCCAGGCAUACUUCAUAAAUUGGGAUCUUGACAUGCACUAUGAACCCACAGACACUGCUGCUAUGGCUCGAACAUCUAAUCUGAAUGAGGAACUUGGCCAGGUAAAAUACAUAUUUUCUGACAAAACUGGUACUCUGACAUGCAAUGUAAUGCAAUUUAAGAAGUGCACCAUAGCUGGAGUUGCUUAUGGCCAUGUCCCUGAACCCGAGGAUUAUGGCUGCUCUCCCGAUGAAUGGCAGAGCUCACAGUUUGGAGACGAAAAAACAUUUAGUGAUUCAUCAUUGCUGGAAAAUCUCCAAAACAAUCAUCCAACUGCACCUAUAAUAUGUGAAUUCCUUACAAUGAUGGCAGUUUGUCACACAGCAGUACCAGAGCGAGAGGGUGAUACGAUUAUUUAUCAAGCAGCAUCUCCAGAUGAGGGAGCCUUGGUCAGAGCAGCCAAGCAAUUGAAUUUUGUUUUCACUGGAAGAACACCUGACUCAGUGAUUAUAGAUUCGCUGGGGCAAGAAGAAAGAUAUGAAUUGCUCAAUGUCCUGGAGUUCACCAGUGCUCGAAAAAGAAUGUCAGUGAUUGUUCGCACUCCAUCCGGGAAGUUACGACUUUACUGCAAAGGAGCUGACACUGUAAUUUAUGAUCGACUGGCGGAGACUUCAAAAUACAAAGACAUUACGCUAAAACAUUUAGAGCAGUUUGCUACAGAAGGGUUAAGAACUUUAUGUUUUGCUGUGGCUGAGAUUUCAGAGAGCGACUUCCAAGAGUGGCGAGCAGUCUAUCAGCGCGCAUCCACAUCUGUGCAAAACAGGCUGCUCAAACUGGAAGAGAGUUACGAGCUAAUUGAAAAGAAUCUUCAGCUACUUGGAGCUACAGCCAUUGAGGAUAAAUUACAAGAUCAAGUGCCUGAGACCAUAGAAACUCUGAUGAAAGCAGACAUCAAACUCUGGAUCCUGACAGGGGAUAAGCAAGAAACCGCCAUCAACAUUGGGCACUCCUGCAAACUUCUGAGGAAGAACAUGGGAAUGAUUGUUAUAAAUGAAGGCUCUCUUGAUGGAACAAGGGAAACUCUCAGUCGUCAUUGCACAACCCUUGGUGAUGCUCUUCGGAAAGAGAAUGAUUUUGCUCUUAUAAUUGAUGGGAAAACCCUCAAGUAUGCCUUAACUUUCGGAGUACGACAGUAUUUCCUGGACUUAGCUUUGUCGUGCAAAGCUGUUAUUUGCUGCAGGGUCUCUCCUCUUCAAAAAUCUGAAGUCGUUGAGAUGGUUAAGAAACAAGUCAAAGUCAUAACGCUUGCAAUUGGUGAUGGAGCAAAUGACGUCAGCAUGAUACAGACGGCGCAUGUUGGUGUUGGCAUAAGUGGCAAUGAAGGCCUUCAGGCAGCUAAUUCUUCUGAUUACUCCAUAGCUCAGUUCAAGUAUUUGAAGAAUUUAUUGAUGGUUCAUGGUGCCUGGAACUAUAACAGAGUCUCCAAGUGCAUUUUGUACUGCUUCUACAAGAAUAUAGUCCUCUAUAUUAUUGAGAUCUGGUUUGCCUUUGUUAAUGGCUUUUCUGGACAGAUCCUCUUUGAGAGAUGGUGUAUAGGUCUUUAUAAUGUGAUGUUUACAGCAAUGCCUCCCUUAACUCUCGGAAUAUUUGAGAGAUCGUGCAGAAAAGAGAACAUGUUGAAAUAUCCUGAAUUAUACAAAACGUCUCAGAACGCCUUGGACUUCAACACCAAGGUUUUCUGGGUUCAUUGUUUAAAUGGCCUCUUCCACUCAGUUAUUCUGUUUUGGUUUCCACUAAAAGCCCUUCAGUAUGGCACUGUAUUUGGAAAUGGAAAAACCUCUGACUAUCUGCUAUUGGGAAACUUUGUUUACACUUUUGUGGUGAUAACUGUGUGUUUGAAGGCUGGAUUGGAGACAUCAUACUGGACAUGGUUCAGCCACAUAGCAAUUUGGGGCAGCAUCUCACUGUGGGUGGUCUUUUUUGGAAUCUACUCAUCUCUGUGGCCUGCUGUUCCGAUGGCCCCUGACAUGUCAGGAGAGGCAGCCAUGCUGUUCAGUUCUGGAGUCUUUUGGACCGGCCUCCUGUUUAUUCCUGUGGCUUCUUUACUUCUUGACGUGGCAUACAAGGUUAUCAAGAGGACUGCUUUUAAAACAUUAGUAGAUGAAGUUCAAGAACUGGAGGCGAAAUCUCAAGAUCCAGGAGCAGUCGUGCUGGGAAAAAGCCUCACAGAGAGGGCACAACUGCUCAAGAACGUCUUUAAGAAGAAUCACGUAAAUUUGUACCGGUCUGAAUCAUUGCAACAAAACUUGCUCCAUGGGUAUGCUUUCUCUCAAGAUGAAAAUGGAAUCGUCUCACAGUCAGAAGUGAUUAGAGCAUAUGAUACCACAAAGCAGAGACCUGAUGAAUGGUGAUGGAGAGGGGCUGCCAGGCAGGCCCUUCUGCGUCUCUAAGGAGAGCUCCCAGGUCUUCACUGGAAUCUGCUGACCAAUUCCAGCCUGGUCCAAGGAGGGGAAAGGUGGAUCUGAGCUCAUCUCAUUGAUUGACAGUCAGAUUCAUGUAUAUUAUAGACAUAAGCACUGUGCAACUCUACUGUAACACCAUCUCUUUCCGAUUUUUUUUAAGGAUUUGCAAAGUCUUUGUAAACAGAAAUUGAAAACGAUCUUGUAUCUUGCCAGAGUGCUUUCUUAAACUGAGAAUAGGUCAGUAUUCUUAAGCCGUUACUCUGGGGCUGUAGCUAUCAAUCUACUGGACAUACCACAAGGUGACCAACCCUUAUAACACCCUGAAAUGGUAAUAAGGUAAAGGGACUCUUGAUGUCCAGAUUUAGAUUUCAGAAUAUGCUGAAAAAAAAACAGCAUUCUUAAGGAACUAACUCACCUUACUGAGCAAAAUUUCUAAACAAGACAUUAAUAAGUGUUUGUGUCAAAAAAAAUUGUCUCGAUAAAUGUUUGCCAAAGAAGUUCAAUAAAUGUAUUUCUCAUUCAGUAGUCAUUUGCCCAGAAAUUUAAGAGAAAAUUUACCUCCAGUUCUACUGUAAGCUCGGCAUGCUUGACUUUUCCAAUGUAAGAGUGAUUUG